AUGGAGAGCCUUCUUAGCAACAUCAGCUCCACCUCCACCACUGAGCCCAUCUUGCCCCUCUUGACCCCUGACCCAACUAACUGCAGCGCCUGGGACCAGCGGUGGGGGGCACCUUACCUGCAUCGGUUAGCCCACCUGGAUGUGCAGCUGUACCACGACUUCUACGUUGUGUGGGUUUCUCUCAUGGUGUGUAACUGUCUGAUGCUGGUGGUCGGUGUGGUCCUCAACAGUCUGGCUCUUUAUGUCUUCUGUGGGGCCUCGACCUCAGCCUCUGUAGUUUACACUAUAAACCUGGCCGUGGCGGAUCUGCUGGUGGCGCUGUCGCUGCCCGCUCGCAUUGCUCUGUACCACAGUGGAGGGAGCUGUGUGGCCUGCUCCUACGUUCACACCUUCAGCUACUUUGUCAACAUGUACUGUAGCAUACUGUUUCUGACCAGUAUCUGCAUAGAUCGAUACCUCGCUGUCGUCCAUGCCUCCAGUACUCUCCAUCGAUGCAGGAGCCCGGGAACAGCCAGGUGUGUCAGCGCCACAGUUUGGUUCAUCGCUGUUGUGGUCACCUACUCUUUCCAGAGCACAGCGUUGGAGUUCAACUCCUCCUGUGUGCUCCUCCCGGCCCUCUUCUACCUCACCAUCCUGGAGUUCCUGCUUCCCCUGUUGGCCGUGGUGGGCUUCACCCUACGGGUGGCCUGUUUUCUCUCCUCCAGCCAUGGCCUGAUGCCCCAGCAGAGCAGGAGGAGGAGGGCACGUGCUGUCAGACUGCUGGCCACCGUCCUGGUGGUCUUCACCAUCUGCUUCACGCCGUUCCACGUCCGGCAGGUGCUGGUUUUCUUCCGGGUCAACGUCAGAGGGGAGGGGCUAGGACGGGAGGCGGGGCACAUACUCGCCUAUCACGUCACAGUCACCCUGAGCAGCCUGAACAGCUGCCUGGAUCCAGUGGUUUACUGCUUUGUGACGGACAGCUUCAAGAAAGUGUGGAGGAAAAGGAGGGGAGCAAGGGAGGGGGACGGGGAGGCGGGGCACACAAGUGGGGGAGAAGGGGAGAGGAAUUCAGUGAAUAAAUGCCCGGGUACGGCCCUGGCGAUAGCUCACAGCGUGGCCACACUCACUCUCACAAGCUCUCCCCUCUCUGCUGUCAACAUGGAACAUUCCACCUAA